AUGAGGAGAUCUUGAUUGCUAAUACAAUCAGUAAAUAUCUGUUGGGGGUCCCGGGUUGAUCGGCCCUUCUACCAGCAGUGCGCUGGUGGUGACUGAGCUCUUUUGCCCCAGUAGCCUACAAUAUCAUUGAUGUGCGCUCAUUGUAAUGCUAGUAUAGAAUACCCAUUUGUCAUUAUAGACUGCAAGUAUGUAGUCUCCGUUUGUUCUUGUUUAGAAAAAGGGUCCUGAUUAGCAAUAAAUUAAUUAUUAUAGCACCACACCAGCAACCCAGGUACCAUCCCUUCUUCUCGUCUUCAGCAUGACACCAUCGUAGCCGCAAAAGGAUUGAUUAGAUUCGCAACUCCCCCCGAGAUAUAGACUUCGCGUCAACUUUUUUCCCACCGCCAAUCGCGGCAGUUGCAGAUCUUCAGAGACUAUCCAUGGAUGUAUGCUUGGAUCCUGGGACCCCACAGCGGACUGUACUCUGAUCAAGGAUGCUACAACAACAACCUGGCCUCUAAGGAAGAAGACAGAAACGGAUCAUAAACAUCCAUUAACAUCCUCGAGCGCAAAUGAGUCCUCGAGAACCUAGUCCACAGGGCCUCAACGCGAACGUCGAUGUUGCCAUAAACAAUAAGACUGCUGAUAAUGACACCCCAAAGCCUACCACCGUUGAUGAAAUCAGCUCCCCGGAUCGUCCAUUUGAUAAUGUGCUGAAUCUCAGAGAUGUGGGUGUUCAUAUCAAUCGAUUGUGUGGAACACGGGUGGUGAGAGAAGGUGUUUUAUUCAGAAGUGCACGGCCCGACAAUGCUUCGAAAUCAGAUCGACAUCGCUUUGCAGAGGAGCUACGUCUGGCUUCUAUUAUAGAUCUCAGGUCAACAACUGAGCAUAAUAUUGCAGCCAACAGACAGCUCGCUACUCAGCUUAGCAAUGGUAAUGCUGAAUCACCUCCAGCUUCCCAACCACAGUCAAUAGCGAAUGAUGAGCACCUCGUACAGCUACCCGGUGUGCGCCGGAUUAUGAUCAGUCUAGCGGGAUGGAACUUUGAAAAGUUAUUGCUGUGGAGAUUAAGCUGGUUUAAUAUACUAAAAGCCAUCACCCUCCUCGCAUCCGGCUACCGCAACGCGGCCACCAAGCUUGUCGUCGAACAGGCGAUGGUGCCCCGUGGCCUCAACGGCCUGGCCCACGACACCCUAACAGCCAGUCAGGAAGAGAUCAAAGAGUUAUUCGGACACCUGGGUGAUCCUGCUGUCUAUCCAACACUCAUUCAUUGCACGCAGGGCAAGGACCGGACUGGACUAGUUAUCAUUCUACUCUUGUUAUUGGCCGGGUCUCCUGGCAGUGAUGAGGGUGUGCCGAGUGAGACGAAAGAGGAGCAGGAGGAGGAGCCGGGUGGUAAUAUUAAUGCAGGAGGGGUAUUGAGGGAUGGGGACACAGAUGUAGUACGCGGAGCUCCAAUCGGGCCGUUAGCGACCUGCAAAAUACCCCUCUCUGCAAUAACGUGCGACUACCGAGUGUCGGAGGACGAGCUGAUUCCGGAACUGGAGGAGCGGUUGGCGGAGAUGCAGGCCAUGGGCCUGCCGGCGGAAUACGCGAAGUGUCCCACUGGAUUUACGGAGGAGGUCGUGCGGUUCUUGGAGGAAGGGUAUGGUGGGGUCCGAGGGUAUUUGAAAGCUAUUGGGGUGGAGGAUGGGGAUGUUGAGACGGUUAGGGGGUUGCUUGUGGCGUGAUGGUAUAUGACGGAUAUAGGGUAUAGAUAUUGGUUGCUUAUGUGUCGUCCCUUACUAGGCUCCUACUCCGUAUGACUUUUCUCCUUUCGCUCCUUCCACCCUCUCAAAAUCAUCUCAACAAGAAGUAUUUGCAGAAGAGGCGUCCGAGACAAGAAGCUUCUUGCCUUUUAAUAGUGUUGAAAGUGAAUUGAGUCCGCAAUUCUGCGAAAAGAGGACAUUAUACAAGUUAUUAGCGAGAAUAAUAUCUUCCCAUAGGACAGGGCAUUUUACAGCAGUUUAACUAUGUAAAUCAAAAAUUAAGAAAUAGACAGAAAGAGUGAUUCACGGAAUUGCUGGUAUUGUACAGGUAGGGUAACAUUAAGGACAAAAAUAAGGGGGGGGAAAAAUCGU